AGUUUCAAGCUAGGUUGAGAUAGGUUUGGGAUUAUGAUGCACAAUGGAGUAUCUGUCAAGAGUGUCAAGCAAUACAUUCUUUAUAUUAACUUGGAGUUUCGUGAUUUCUCCGACUACUGCGCAUUACUGUGUAUGGGGCUUAUGUGAAUCGUCACAGUAUUGUUGCGACGAAAAUGUAUGCUGCAGCUACAGAGACUACGACAUAUGGAUCACUGUGGUCAUCAUAGCUGGAGUUGUAAUUGGGAUGAUACUGGCUGGUACAUGUCUUUACUAUAAUCUAUGCCGUAUCUACCUUUAUCUACAAAAGAGAUACUAUGGCAUCAGUUCCGUGUCGAUGCCAUCAGAAUUUGAUUCCGAUGGAAAAUCAAUAAAACUAUCAUUUCAGGAGUAAAUACAAUUAAGUGACUCUCUUCAUCAUACCAAAUAUGUAAAAUUCCACCUUUAAUUAUAAAUAACAGUAAAUUAGGUAAAAUUA